UAGACAAGCUCCUCUUUGUGCUGCAGAGAAAGCUGCAUCAGUGAGAGCGGGUGGAGGAGGAGGAGUGGUGCUGGCGGUAGGGAGCCUGUCGGAGCUGUGAGGACAGAGCUGGCUGGAUGUUGACGCGCAUCUCCGCUCAGCCUCAUGAUUUUAUCCCCGUCAGCCUGAGCAGCCUCGGUAUCUUCACCAUGCGGACCACCGAGCCUCCAUCUUCUGCGCCAUCAUACCCCUGGAUGCGCUCCGAUUCGCCUGCCACCAUGACAACUUAAGGCCGACGCUGCAGCUUCAUACUGGGAAUGACAAGGAUCCCAAGAUGGUCCGCAUCGCCAAGGCCCUGGGUUUGGUUAUUCUGUGCGUCGUUGUGCUCAUCCUGUCGCUUAUCAGCUACGUUUCUCUGAGGAAAGACAGCCUCUUCGGCACCAACAAAUACCCGCGGAUUAUGUUUCACGCAGGCUUUCGGUCUCAGUUUGCAAUGAAUUUCUUGGAUCCUUCCUUCAUCCCACUAACAAAUGCCUUGAAUGAGGAGCUCCAAGGAAAACCAUCCAAAUGGAAGUUCAACAAGACAGCAUAUUACCAGCAGAAGAAAGAAAUCUUCAGCUACAUCGACAUUCCUAAAAACUUCUCCCUCACUAAGAACAGCGUACGCGUCGGCCAGCUGAUGCACUUUGACUACUCCAGCCACAAGUAUGUGUUCUCCAUCAGUAAUAACUUCAAGUCCUUACUCCCCGAGACAUCGCCCAUCCUUAACAAACACUACAGUACAUGUGCUGUGGUGGGAAACAGCGGCAUCCUGACUGGAAGCCACUGCGGUCCUGAAAUCGAUCAAGCAGACUUUGUCUUCCGCUGCAACUUCGCUCCUACAGAUGUCUACUCCAAAGAUGUGGGAAAAAAGACCAACCUGACUACAUUUAACCCCAGCAUCCUUGAGAGAUACUACAACAACCUGCUGACCAUCCAAGACAGGAAUAAUUUCUUCCUGAACUUGAAGAAGCUGGAGGGAGCCAUCCUCUGGAUCCCUGCUUUCUUUCUUCACACCUCUGCCACAGUAACCCGGACCCUGGUGGACUUCUUUGUGGAGCACAAAGGCCAGCUGAAGGUUGAACUAGCCUGGCCAGGAAAUAUCAUGCAUGAUGUCAACAAAUACUGGAAAACUAAGAACCUCUCUCCCAAACGUCUGAGCACUGGGAUCCUCAUGUACACACUGGCAUAUGCCAUGUGCGAUGAAAUUCACCUCUACGGCUUCUGGCCCUUCGGAUGGGACCCCAACACAGGCAAGGAGUUGCCGUACCAUUACUACGACAAGAAAGGGACCAAGUUCACCACAAAGUGGCAGGAGACGCAUCAGCUGCCUAGUGAAUUCAAACUGCUUUAUAAGCUGCACAGGGAAGGCGUGACCAAACUCAGCCUAACACACUGCACAUAGACGUAUGAGUGCCACAUUAUUUCACACAUCACCCCGGAAACCACCAUCCACAAACAUCAACUGAUUCCCAACAUUUACUGUGUGACAUAAGCAUGAUAGAUGAAAUUUGAUUUUUCAUUCUGCAGAGAGACCAAUGCCACUACUUCAUUUCCAUCUUUUUGAGUGUGUAAAGCACACAGAUGUUAAAUGCAUUGUUGUUUUGGUAGAGCUAUCAUGCUUUUAUGACUGUCCUUUGCAUGACUGCUGACUAUAGCUUGAACAUUUGGCAAGAACAAACAUCCCUUUGAACUGCAAGGUCAAAUCUUCCAGGUCUGAUUAAUGCAAACGAAUCACCUUUAGAACAGUGUGCUGAUUAAUUACACUGAAAUCACUGCCUAAUCUCAGGGAUGGAGUUAGAUCAGUGUUUUUUCUAAUCAGAUUUUAUGCCUCCAGAGUGGUAUAGUUCUUCUUUUUAGGAUUUUAUCCCGAUGAUUUGUCAGACAAUCUGCACUGCUCCUUGAGAUGGUAUCGUUUACAAGAUUGUCAUAGAUAUUUACAUAUUUGUGUUUUAAUUUCUAUAAAUAGUAAGACUAUCAACCUUGAAUUAUGUUGCAGCUGUUCACCUGUUUCUUUAAUAACUAACAUUCCAAAAAUAAGCCAUAUAUUCAUAAAAACACAAUAUUUGUUGCAUUUAUUGAAAAUAGAGCUGUCGUGUACAUUUUAUACUUGGAAUAAAGAUAGUCCAAUAGUUCCAUAAAGCCAAACCAGGGGUAGCUUUUAAAGUGACAGAGGAUUCUUUUUACUAUCUUAAAUAUAGAGUUAAGUAAAUGGACAUGAACAGCAAACGUCGAGUAAAAAGGAGACUCUUUGCAUAAUUUUUUGAUUCAGUAUUUUGCGUACCAAAAAUACAUUGCAAAUAUAUAUAUAUAUAUAUGACUUCUCAAAAAGUAUUACAUAAGCUGUGUUUUAAAGGUAUAUAAUAAGUUACAACGAAUUUUUCAAACCUUUUGGCGAUUGAGCUGUUUAAGAGCUUGUUAGCUGAAAAGUCUAAUUAUUUUCCCCUCCUCAUCUAAAGGCUAAAGUUUUCCUAAAUUGACAGCUAAAUCUUUAAUCCUCAUACAUCUUUACUUCAUCUUUUAAACUGACCAAAACCUUCAGUUAGGGAACUGAAACUCUCCAAUUCAGAAGUUUGAGUCUUUAACGGUAAUUAACAGUUUUAAUAUCUGAUGAUGAUUUUCUGAACAUUUUCAUCAGUGAAUUCAUCAAAUAGAUUGAUUUUUCCCCUAAAACCUAUUAUAUUUUAGAGCUAUUAACAAGCACCAGCAGUGACAGUGGAUUGAUUGAUUGAUUGAUUGAUCUCACAGUGGAGAAAUUAACUUGUUACAUCAGCUCAAAUAGUCAAAAGAGAAGAAGAAGGGGCCAACCACAAGAAAAAGUGUGUCCACAUAUGACAGCUUAAUAUUUUUUUUUUUUUUAUGUAAAACCUACUACCAUUAAUUUAAAACACACAAACAGUUCAAGCAUAUAGAAAAUGGGUUUUAUUUAUAUUGUUAAAUCUUAACUGUAGUUAAACUUCCAGAGGUUCAAAAGAGGAAACCAAUAAAGUGACCUAUAUGGGCUAACAUAGAAAACACUGGAAAUGAAUAUAUCUCCAAGCAAAUUGUGUGAACUAAACACAUUCUUAGGUCUAACAUGAUCGAAAUGUAAACCCAAUAGGAGACGGACCUCUGAUAUUUUUGUGAACUACAAAAUACCUUUUUUUUUUUUUUUUUUUUUUUUUUUUUUUUUAAUAACAGUAGCCUAUCUGGGACAUUUCCAUCUUAAACUGAAUGAAUUUUAUGUGACUUGCUGCAUUUUGACUAAAAGCAUGAAGAUCCAAUUUACUAACAAUGCAUGGAAAGCUAACAGAUAUUCGGGCUAGUUUUUUAACAUUUUGCAGAGGGUAAAUAUGGCGGUUUAAAGUUAUUUCUAUUCCUAAGUGUAUAAUCUCUAAUGGAAAUAUUUCUAUGAGACUUACAGAAACCUCAAUGCUAUUAAGUGCUGCGGACCAAAAUCUCUACAUUAAUUACAAUAGAUGUUUCUUUUUAAGAAUCUUUUCUCAGACUCUGAAAUAGUCCACCAAAACGAACUUGAAAUAGUACAAGUUUAGAAUUAAGAGAAAAUCUGCAACAUAAAUUUCACACAAGGUUUGCCAGAAGCCAAGUUGAACUCUUAAGCCCACAUAGGGUGUUUACAAUGGUCACUGAGAAAUAUUUCACAGUGAUGCUUAUUUAACCAGUAACUAUUGCUGACUGAUGAUGUCAAAUCUGAGAUAAUGUCCUCAUUUCCAAAUAAACAAACUAGGCUACAAUAUGUUAUUGCAAUGUUUUUUCUUUAUACAUUAUUUUGCUACACAAUGAUCAUC